AUGAGCCAUUUAUCAAUGGCGGUGGUGAAACCUGUCAAGUACUGCGUGGUCGAUGCAUUUACCGAUUCGGCGUUCGGAGGGAAUCCAGCGGCGGUAUGUCUACUUGAGGAGGAUAGGGGAGAUGAAUGGCUGCAGGCGGUGGCGCGUGAGUUAAACCAACCGGUAACUUGCUUUCUGAUGCGGUUUUCCGAUUCGGCUGGCUCCUCCGCCGCCUCGGUUCCUAGAUUCUUCAUUCGCUGGUUCACGCGGUUAGCCGAGGUAUCGAUUUGUGGACACGCAACAUUAGCUGCAUCUCUCUUCAUCUUCGAAAGCAAAUUGAUGAAAUCCGAAGUGGUUGAGUUCUCGUCACCGAGCUAUGGAACUUUAACAGCAAAAAGGAUUGCUGCUGCAGAAUCAUCACCAGAUCUAUCGAAGCGCUCAUCACAUGGCGAUUUCGACAUUGAACUGGAUUUUCCAGCUUUCUCUCUGAAAGGAUUACACAAUGACGAUGCUAUUGAGGUUUCAUCUGUUUCCAAAAGCUUGAACGGCGCUUCCGCAAUGGAGAUCCUCGUUUCCUCUAGAGACAUCUUUUGUGUGGUGCCAUCUGGUGAGGAGGUAGCAGAAGUCGUCCCCAAUUUUGAUGAGAUACGAAAAUUUUCAGAGAGAUACAGAGGAAUGAUCGUCACCGGAAUUGCUCCGGCUGGCUCAGGAUUUGAUAUCAUCAGUCGCUUUUUCUGUCCAAACGAGGGUGUUAAUGAGGAUCAAGUAUGUGGAAGCGCUCAUUGCGCCAUAGCACCCUACUGGAGCAAGAAGCUUAGAAAAUCUGAUUUGGUCGCCUACCAAGCAUCUGAAAGAGGUGGAGUUCUGAACCUUCACGUUGAUGAUAAGAAUCAAAGGGUUUUGAUAAGAGGGAAAGGCAUUGUGGUCAUGGAAGGCUUUCUUUUCGUCUGA